AUUCUCAUUUUACUAAUGGCGGCCGCUGAGAAGGAUCCGGAUUAUGCAUUUAGAGAACCUUCUAUUUUAUUACUUCGUUCGUCACAAAGUGCUGUAAAUAAAUAUGAUGUGCUGCAAGUAAUAAGAUCUGUUAUCAGAAGGCAACAAGUAUUUCUAGAUCAUGAAGAUAAAUAUGAAAAUUUCUUUGCUUCAUAUGCUGCUCUUUCAGCACAUUACAUCACUUCAAAUGCGUUUCAUAUACCUAAAAGUCAAGUGAACAUUGCUGCACAAGCGUGUAAAGUUCUUUUGCAAUAUUUUUUACAGAAACUUCAAAAUUUUACAGAACGAUGUUGCAUCUCUCAGAAACAAAUAGUAUCCAUCAUUUAUGGAUUAUGCAACAAUUCAAAGACUCAGGUUUUGUCAAGAACUGAAGUACCAUUAUUAACUCUUGCAUUAAAAUUGGCAAAAGAGCCUCCAUCUUUUGCUAUUAGGAGCAAUGAAUACCAAGAUGGUCAUGAUGUCACAAAAGAGUCAAAACGUCCUCGGCUUGAUCCAAGUGCUAAUAUUUUGGAGCAAUUAAUGACACCUAUGCUGGACACUCAAAAUGCUCAGAAGCAAGAAGGGCCAGUUGAAGUUGUUGAUAAAGAUGGAGAUACUACUAUUAUUCAUAUUCCUGAUCCUAGCCAAGAAUGCAAAAUUUUACUUCUAUCUAAAAACAAAUUGGCUCUGCAAGUAUUAAAUGGUGUAGAUGUCCUAUUAGACACUUGUCUUCAACUUCCAUCAAUUGCUCAGUAUACUACAAAACUCCAAGAAUCCUUAGAAGGUAAAGGCUUGAUUUUGCCUACUUCUACUGCUGAUGCUGUCCGCACAAGUGGCACGUAUAAAGCUCUAUCAAGUGAUAUACAAAUUAUAAAUGAAGCUUUGAGUUUACCAGUUUUGGAACCCCUGUCUGAAGAAAGAAUCAUAAAAGUUUUGAAGAUAACACUUAGCUGCUUAUAUGCUUCAAUAACUGUAGCUACUGCUAACAGCAUUUUAGGACUUUCAAGUGGGCCACAACUUAAAGGAACAAAUGCGAAGGAUGAUGAAAAUGAAAAUUAUUCAGUUUCCAUUGUGGAAACAAGUCUUGAAAUUUAUAAUAAUGUUGCUGGAGUCUUGAAUAAUUCAACUCGAGCUGGUGGUUAUGUUCUUCAAAAUCUUCAUAUGAUUGGGUCAUGGAUUAUAUUAGGUGGCCUGCAUUAUAUUUUAAAUUUAAAUCCAUCUCAAAUUGGUGAUCGAAAUAAGGAACAAUCUUCUAGAGGCAAAGUUACUCCUGAUCAAACACCAUCCAAAGGAAAGGAAUCAGCUCCUGCUGCAAAGCCUAUUAUUUUGAAAAUCCAACAAGGUUAUGGGGUUCUUUGUGUUGCACUAGCUACUCAUGCUAUUUCUUUGAUGUCAAAUCUUCUGGAUGAUUUAAGAGCUGAAGUUGGUGUCAACUUGAUUGAAAGCAUUACUACUUCAACAUCAUCACAAGAGCAGUUCAUGGUUUCUGAUAUUACUGAAAAGUUUUCUGCUUGGCAGCGUGUACAAAAGUUGGCAUCGUCUGUUAAUUUGACUAACCUGUUAUUUAGUUUGGCUUCUGUUAGUUACCGAAAGGCUUGUAUGCUUAAAAGGAUACAAAAGAACCCUGUUGAUGGUGAUAAUUUCAGCACUUCAGAUUCUAAUACAUACUAUGAGGACGAUUUUAGCUCUUCUGAAGACAGUAGUGAUGAGACAGAUGAUGAUAGUGAACCUAUUCUUGGCCAAUGGUUUGAAGAAACCUUGGCUCCACCAGAACCUCAAGCUGCUACACCUGCUCCAUCUGCCACUACAAAUGAAACAGAAAGCAACAAUACAAAAUCUCAACAACCAUCUCAACCAGCACCUGAAAGUAACUCACUAAUUCCAGACAAAGGAGAACCAAAUGGAUAUAUCAGUUUGGCUUCAAAGAUAUUUUCUUUCAUGAAUAAUUUCUUGGUGAACUUUGACACUCAGUGCAUCAAAACUUUCUUAAGAUACAAUCUAGGAGAAUCUCAAAUGAUAGUUUUGGCUGGUAUAAUAAAAGAUUUAGACCGAGAAACAUCUAGAACAGAUAGUGCAUCAAUUUGUGUAUAUUUUGGACCUGUUUUGGGACAGUUGUAUGAAGAAUUUUCACAGUCUCUUGCUAAAUUCAUCCAUAACAUUUUAGCCACAAACAUGCUGUCUGAUAAUUUACAGAAUGUGCUGUUAGCACAGCUUGGAGUUAGUCCUUGGAAUGAAGAAACCUGGCCUUUACAAGUUUAUUCUCGUACAUUGUCUGUCUUAGCUCAGACAUUAUUGCUUCGCCAACAAAGAGAAAAAGAUGAACUUAGAAGUGAUAGUGAAGCCUCAUGUGUUUUGAUUUGGUUGAGAUUGUUGAAUACCUUGAAGCGAGCAAUUUUAACACCAUCAGCUUUCACAUCUGUUGAUGAAGGUGAAGAUAUCAAUGUGGAACAUGCACAGUUAUUAUUAUUUUUGUUUCAUAACCUGCAUUUGAUGCAGAAAAAAGGUGUCCUUUUGAUGAUGGCACAGACAAUAAUGGAGGUUUCAUCUACUGUAAUGAGUCCUCUAAGAGAUUUCCAGAUUCUUUACAUAUCCAGAAUGUUACUUAUAUUUGAAUAUAUGAUGCGGAAUUUAUACGAUGCGCCACCAUCUUUAAUUGAGCAGAUUCAAAAGAAUUUAUUCAGUUUCCAAAUUAUAAAUACUGCCACUGAAAAAGACAAUACAAAAAAGCAGGCAAAAAUGUUUUUUCCUUGCAAAGACAUAGAAGAGAACUAUGUAAAGAAUUUACCACCAGAAGAAAGUCAAGGAGCAGUUGCAAAACCUAGAUUCUUCAACUUAAUGUCAGUAGAUUUCAGCAACCAAGAAGUUCCAAAACUUGAUGGUUUUGCCCUAAGUUUCAUUCUUAGCAGUGGAGAUAUGUUGAAGUACCCAAGUUUCUAUUACUCCAUCCAAAAUCUUGUCUAUCUUGCUUCUCAAUGUGAUAUGUUAGAUAGGACAACUUCUGAAAACCUGUCUUUUCUGGGUUUGUGUGCUGUUCAAUAUUCAAUGAAUAUAGCUUGGAGGUUAAUGCUUUGUUUGCCACCUUCAGUUCAAUCUCUUGAAUCCAUUGCAACUGGGACUUCAGCCCUAAAUGAUGCUGAAUGUUUGCAUGCAAUUGUUUGGUCUUCUAGAGCAAAUCAUAAACUCUUUUCAGGGUGGAUGAAGGAUACUUUAGUGAAACAAGGUUUGACUACACAAAAAGCAGAAUCUCUUCUUCGCUCAGUAACUAAAAGUGCUUGUUCUGUGAAGUUUGAUAUUAAAGUAGCAAAGCAACUUAUAUCAAAAUUGUUGCAGCAAUGUCCUUCAUCACCAAAUGAACCUUGUAGUAAGGAACAGUCUCCCCGUUUGUUUGAUAUAUUUCUUAUUGAAUGUGCAGUAGCUAAAGUACAAGUUGCUCUGGAUGAAUAUUUCUCUCGGCCUCUGGUAAGCAUUGAAAAGAGUGAAAAUGCUAAUACUGAGGCUAAAGAACUGGCUGAAGAAAUGCUACCAAUAAUAUUGCAGUUAAUUGAAAUCUUAUCAUCUUGUAUCAGAUGGAGCUUAUUACAUCAGUUUGCUGAAAUGUCCACAAAUGCUGCUCAGUCAACACCACCACCGAACUCAAAGACUUUACAAGCAUACAAUACAGUUUUAAGAAUGGCUUCAAAUGGAUGUUCUAAAGUGUCAUCAUUCACAUCAGCAAUUGCUGACUUUUUACCACCAUUAUUACGUAGUGUUUUGGGACAGUGGAAUGCUUACACUAUCACAACUACUGCAUGGAGGAAUGAUUUUGCGAAUGACAUCAUACCAUCUGAGAGCUACAUAAUAUCAAUUCAAAAUGCACACAUGAACUGCCUUUCAAGUCAAACAAGAUUUACAACUAAUCCCAACAUGAAAAGAUUGUUGCAUACCUUAGUGAGAUUUGCAGGUGAUUUAAUAAUAUGGUGUCCUGAGAAUAAUAGUUCAAAGGAAAUGAUUAGAGUCAUGCUGCCCUUAUUACUGGAUGCUACGACUGAAUCAUUAGGAGAUUAUACGACAUUAGCUCUAGAAAGGUUAAUCGGUUCACCUGAAAGUGAUGAUUAUCUUUCAUUCAAUUAUUUUGAAGUUUUGACUCAAAGUUAUAACCUGUUGAUUAAUCAUUCAAGUAAAGAAAGUGAUGUUGAUGAACAUAUUUUACAUGAAUGUCUCAAAUUUAUGGAGGGUUUGUUAGACAAAAGUGCUGGAAAGAAAGCUAUGGAGUCAUUUUUUACAGAUGACAGUGAUAAUGAUAUGGUGAAUAUUCUUUUAUCUGCAGCUAACAGUAACUUGAGCCCGACUUAUGGAACACGAGUCUUGAAGUUUUUUAGCAAAUUGUUUCAACAAAAAGAAAAAAAUCCAACUGACAAAACUUUGGAAAAACUGUGCAGUUCUUUGUGUAAAAUGAGUAAACUUGGUAAAGUUGAUAGCUUAACUCUGCAGCAGUGGCUAGGAAAAGUAAUCUUUGGUGGACCUUCACAACAAACUGAAGAAGGAAAUAGUGUUCAAGAAAAUAGACUUCUUCUACAAAGUUUAACAUCUUACAUAGUGAAACAAAACAGUUCUGUUGCUGAGAAAGUUGCUCAUACAUUCUUGACAGCUAUGAUUCCUAUGGGAUCUCAAAUUUUGUCCCCUGCUUCUGAAGGUAUAGGCUUCUCUGAAUUGAUGGUUGUAAUGGCCAUUUUAUCUGGAGCAGGAUCUGGCACUGGGCAUUACCAACUUUUCCAAGCCACUCCAGCAUGGCUUGAAUUAUGCAAAAAAUACCUAGCACAGAAGGAUGUAUUAGAAAAGUUGGAGUCAAAUAUAUCAGGUGGAAAGCAUCAAAUAAUGAUGGAAUCAUGUUGCUAUUUACUAUCAUAUAUGGCUGAUAUAGUAGGAGCUCUGAGAUUACAAAGUGAUAAAUUGGCAGGUAUUAACAGAACUGGCACUGCAUCUCCACCAUGUGACGGGGAUCUCCAUCAUCCUGAAAUGGACUCUGAUUGGGCUGAAGACAUUGGUCCAGAUGAAGAGGAAUCUGCUGGGGAAGAUUCUGAUGAAGAUUCUCUUUGCAACAAACUUUGUACUUUUACAAUUACCCAAAAAGAGUUCAUGAAUCAGCAUUGGUAUCACUGUCAUACUUGUAAAAUGAUUGAUGGAGCUGGUGUUUGUACAAUAUGUGCAAAAGUGUGCCAUAAAGAUCAUGAUGUUACAUAUGCGAAAUUUGGAUCAUUCUUCUGUGAUUGUGGAGCAAAAGAGGAUGGUAACUGCCAGGCCCUUGUUAAAAGAAAUCCUAAAACCACAACUGAAAGCAGUACCCCUGCUCCAUCUACCUCAGGUUUCACUUUUGGAUCUGAUUCUAUUCUGCCCAGUUCUUUACGUAGGCGACCUUCUUCUCCUUCUACUGCAAGUACAUCUGCAGCAAAUGGAGAACAAUCUCGAAAUCAAGAAGGCAAUAAGACCAGUGAUGAGUCGCAAAAACAUAAGCAGAAUCUAUCAAAACAAUUAGAGGCAUCAAGGGAUAUCUUGUUAGGCUUUCUAUCAUCUACAAAUAUUCCUUCAACUGUUUUGGAGCUACUCCAAUAUCUUAUGCCUGCUAUAAGUCAAUCAUGUCAAAGAAAUUCUCCAAUUGGAAGCUCUAUCAGGGCACAAAAUGCAUUAUUAGAACUUCACACGCAGGAUAAAGUUUUUGAGCAGUCUGAACAGUUAAUGGUUCCUACAUUGGGCUCCCAAGAAGGGGCGUUUGAAAAUGUAAGAAUGAAUUAUUCUGGGGAGCAGGGUCAAACUAUCCGUCAAUUAAUCAGCAGUCACAUGAUUCGUCGAGUUGCAAUGUGUUGCCUUGCUUCGCCACAGGGGAAGCGCCAGCACUUGGCUGUGAGUCAUGAAAAAGGAAAGAUUACUCUGCUUCAGUUAUCAGCACUUCUCAAGCAAGCAGAUUCUAGUAAACGAAAACUGACUUUAACCCGCUUAGCAUCUGCUCCCGUACCAUUUGUUGUACUGUCCAUUACUGGAAAUCCUUACAAUGAAGAUUUCUUGGCUGUAUGUGGAUUAAAAGAUUGUCACAUUCUGACUUUCAGUGGUUCAGGCUCAGUUUCUGAUCAUCUUGUAUUGCAUCCUCAGUUAGAAUCAGGAAAUUAUAUAAUCAAAGCUAUAUGGUUACCUGGAUCUCAAACUGAAUUAGCCCUGGUGACUGCAGAUAUGGUCAAAAUUUAUGAUCUUUCUCAGGAUGCUCUGAGUCCACAGUUUUUCUUCUUGCUUCCUAGUGAAAAAAUCAGAGACUGUUGUUUUAUCUUCUCAGAUGAUGGCCAAAGACAUUUGGUCCUCAUGUCUUCUGCAGGGCACAUCUAUUAUCAACCAAUGGUGGAAGAAAGUUCUGCUAAACAUGGACCAUUCUAUGUGACAAACAUUCUAGAAACUAAACACCCAGAAUUAAAGGACUCAAACGGAAUGAUUGGAGGAGGAGGUGUUUCUAUUUAUUAUUCCCACACUCUUCAACUUCUGUUUUUCAGUUAUGCCCAAGGAAAAAGCUUCAUAGCUCCUUUAUCAAGGAUAUCCUCUCAACUUUCACAGAUGUUUUUGAUUCAGAUGAAAAAUAAUAGUAAUAAUGGAAACAAUAGUGGAAAUGCCAAACCUAGCCCUCAACCAUUAUGUCAGUGGUCUGAAGUUGCUAAUCAUCCAGGGUUAAUAUUGGCUCAAAUGCAAGCUUCUAACAAUCCUGUCAUUUUAAUGGUAAAACCAGGUGCAGUUUUGGUUCAAGAAAUAAAAUUUCUAACUGCUAAAUCAAAAAUUACUGAUAUGGUUGCUAUCAGGCAUGUCAUUACUUGUGGAGAACUAAGAACAACUCUUAUUCUUUUAUGUGAAGAUGGUAGUUUGCGCAUAUAUAUGGCUAAUCAGGAUCAAACAAAUUAUUGGUUAACUCCAGCUUUCCAACCUGCAUCUGCUACUGUUACAAGUAAACCAUCUAAGAAAAAGAAAGCUGCAAAAAGUGGUAGACCUGUGGGAAGUGUAUCUUUUCCUAUUGAUUUCUUUGAGCAUUGCACAGCAAUGAAUGACAUUGAAUUUGGUGGUAAUGAUGUUCUUCAAGUUUACAACACUCAGCAAAUUAAACAUAGACUUAAUACAACUGGUUUGUAUAUUGCAAGCACUAAACCUGCAGGAUUUACAAUUGAAGUUAAUAAUUCUGAUAAUUCUAUGGUGAUGGUUGGGGCUCGAAUUCUGGUUGGAAAUCAAGAUAUUCAAAGAGCUCCUUCAUACAUUGAAAUUUUUGGUCGUAGUAUCCAAGUUAAUUUGACAAGAAGUCGUUGGUAUGAUUUCCCAUUUUCACGAGAGGAAUCUCUGACAGCUAAUAAAAAAUUGAGCAUUUUCUUUGGAGCCAGUUCUGAUCCAUCUGGUGUUACAAUGGUAGACUCGAUUAAAAUCUUUGGUAAGACAAAAGAAGCAUUUGGUUGGCCUGAUGAUAGUGAUGAUUUUCCAACUCAAACUGCCACUGGUACUGCUGGAGGAUCUGGAACAGAAGCAGGGGUUGAAGUUGAUGGGAUUCCAGCUGCUCCAUUACCUCUUACUCCGCUUGACAGACUUGUCAGCAGUAGCUUAGAACUUUUAGAUGGUUGUUUUUCAUGUGGUCUCAAUGCAGAUGAUAAAUCUCAUUUGAAAAAUUCUGUAAUUGAAUUAGCUACAUCUAUGUUAACCUUACCAAUGCCUUCUGUUGUACAUGAGCAUGUAAAGAAUUUAUUAGCAACACUGCAUAAUAACCGUACUACAUAUUGUUCACAUAAAGAUGAUGCUCUUUUGAGUUAUGUCCUGCUAUGUUUAAAUGCUAGCCAAGAGGGAAAACCAACAGAUGAACUAGAUGGUGAAGCUCUUUAUCGCUUAAUAGCUAUAACUAGAGGUGUAGCAGUUGCUAGGCCUUCUAAUUUAGUACGCUUCGCUGAAAGCCAUGACAGCAUGACCAUCACUGAUUCAACAAUUAGCGAUACUGAUCCUAACACUUCUAAAUUAAAUCAAAGUACUGAUGAUAAUCAUGGUAGCCAGUUAGAAAAACAAGGAUCGGGCUGCUUAGACAGUCCUCAAAAGAUUGAAUAUUCUGGUUCUGCUCAUUUUAUUGUUCAAUUAACAGAUGCCUUCUGGCAUCUCCAUUCAAUGAAACCAUCUAAUCCUGCAAUAGCUCCAGUAUCUUUCCGUGGUCUUGUACAUGUUGAAGCUACUGUACAUGCUUUAGUUGAAGUCAUUCAUGCAUUCACUGCUUGUGAUCUUGAGCAUGUUUCUCUUGCUACUAAGCUUUAUGUUAAAUUGCUACUUUGUGAAGACACAGUUGUUAGUUUUGCAGCUAAACAAGCACUAAUCCGUGUUUUAAGACCCAGAGUGAGACGUAGGAAAGUAUUCAUUCCAUCUCCACCACGUUGCAGCACACCAGGUGAAUCUCAUGAAACAGAACCAGUAGAUACUCGAAGCCAUCCACAGCCUCAAGUUGCAGCCCAGCCUCAACCUAGCUCAUCCAAUCAAGCACAAGCGCAAGUGUCACCCCAACCUGAUAUUCAUGACUUCCAGCAGGAACUUGAACAAUUUGAGAUAGUUGAUGGUCUUGAUCCUUUAGUCCUUUUGCCUGCUGCUGGAGGCGGUGUACCUAAUCUUGAAGCCCUCAUUGCUGGUCAGGGUGGUUUUCCCAUGUUGGAUAUACCUCCAGAUGAUGAUGAAACAAUGGUAGAGUUGGCUAUUGCUUUAAGUCUCCAAGAUCAACCUGAAGACCAAGCAGGUGGUUUAUCACUUCAAGCUUUGUCUCUUGCUUCUCAAGGAUCACACCAUGCAUCAUCUAUAGAAGGUGGACACUAUUCUGAUACAACUGCAUCUGCUGGUGCUAGUGAUGAUGAAGGCAGUACUGCAGCCACAGACGGGUCAACGCUGCGCACUUCUCCCGCAGAACAGGGAGGCAGUGCUGGCUCUGAAAGCGGCGGCAGUGGCGUAGAGUCUAUAAUGGGAGAACAUAAUGUUAGUGGACGUAGUAGUGCAUAUGGUGAUAAUGUGCCAGAAAGUAUUGCAACUGGAGCUAGAUCUGAAACGAGUUCUGUUGGGCUCCCAAGUUCUACAAUGCCACCUGGUGAAGAAGGUCUUGAAAUUGAUGCAGAUGUUGAUACUAGCUAUCGCUUGCAUACUUUGCGUUUAAUGCUUCUUGAAAAAAUGUUGCAGUAUUUCCCUCAAUUAAAUGAAGUUGGAGGUGUUAGAGCUAUUCCAUUCAUGCAAGUUAUAUUAAUGCUAACAUCAGAUCUUGUUGGUGAGGAAGAAAAGGAUUGUGCAGCCCUUGCUAAACUUCUUCCAGCCCUUAUAACUGCACUAGAUAUGAAUAGUAAAGAUAUUUCAAAGAUAGCUGAGAGAACUCCUGCUCGGGAAGUCAACUUAAUUGUGAUGAGAUUGUUAAGCAUAAUGAUGUCUCGUGUAAAAGGCUCACUGAAAACAUCUGGAGAGACAUCUACAUUCUGUAGCAGUGCUACAGCUAUGGCUUUAGUUUCAGCAAAUGCUAUUGACUAUUGCUUGCAAGUUCUGAAAGUUUUAUUGGACUAUUGGAAAGGAGUUCAGACUGAAGAUAAAUCCUCAAGUAUUACAGGAAACCCAUUAAAACCACAUCCUCCUUCACCACCUCCAGAUAUGUCCCCAUUCUUCUUGAAACAAUACGUAAAAGGACAUGCUAACGAUGUUUUUGAAGCGUAUCCUCAACUUGUGACAGAAAUGGUUCUAAGACUACCUUACCAAAUUAAAAAGAUUGUUAACUCUUUGCCUCAAUCACAGCCAGUCAGCUUUUCUCAGUCGUGGUAUUUGUACUUGUGUGAGUAUAUGAUGAUGCAGCAGACACCUUUUGUCCGUAGACAAGUCAGGAAAUUGUUAUUAUUCAUCUGUGGUUCCAAAGACAAAUAUAGACAAUUAAGAGAUUUCCAUGCUUUAGAAUCACACAUGAAAGAUGUUAAAGCAAUUUGCAAUCAAGGUGGUUUUGAAGACUUUUCACCUAACAACACUAUGUUAAGCCUUUCUUACGACUCAUUAAUCAAUAUGAUUGAACAUUUAAAAGCUUGCAGUGAUAUAGCAACAUCUAGAACGAUUAAUUGGCAAAAAUUCUGUCAGAAAGAUGAAAGCAUUCUUUCUUUUUUGAUUCAUGUAAGUUUCUUGUUAGAUGAAGGAGUUUCUCCAAUUAUUUUACAACUUCUACAGUGUGCAUUAUGUGGAGCUAAAGCUAUGCAACAGCAACAGAUACCUGGAAAUUCAUCUGCUCAAUCAGCAAGUUCACCUUCUAAACAAAGAAAGGAGAAAGAAACUGAGGAUGAUGCAAAUGAUUCUUCUAAAGGAGACACUGCUCAGUGUGUUGCAUUAGCAGUACAAGUUAAUAAAUUUGUUGACAAAACCAUUUUGAGUCACUUUAUACGUGCAUUUUUAUUGGAAUCAAAUUCUACUUCUGUCAGAUGGCAAGCUCAUUCCUUAAUAUUUCAUUUACAUAAAAAUUCGAGCCCAACUCAACAAGAAGUAUUACUAGACAUGAUGUGGAAAUUAUGGCCCAAGUUACCUGCAUUUGGCCGUCGUGCUGCUCAAUUUGUAGAUCUCCUUGGAUAUUUCACAUUAAAUAUGCCACAACAAGAUAAGGAGAAGGAGUAUAUUGAAAAAGGAUUAGAAGUUUUACAUCAACAAAAUCAAUUGUUAAUGAAUCACCCCAAUUCCAAUAUUUAUAAUUCUCUACAAGGUUUAGUUGAAUUUGAUGGAUAUUUCUUGGAAAGCGAACCAUGUUUAGUUUGUAAUAAUCCAGAAGUACCUUAUACCAACAUCAAAUUGUCAGCUAUCAAAGUUGACUCUCGAUUUACUACUACAACACAAAUUGUGAAAUUAAUUGGAAGCCAUACUAUUUCAAAAAUAACUCUUCGAAUUGGUGACUUAAAAAGAAAUAAAAUGGUUCACACUUUGAACAUUUAUUAUAAUAAUCGCUCUGUUCAAUCUGUUGUAGAAUUAAAGAAUAGACCAUCUAUUUGGAAUAAAGCCAAAAAGUGUACCCUUGCUGCUGGACAAACUGAACUAAAAAUAGAAUUUCCUCUUCCAAUUGUUGCUUGCAACUUGAUGAUUGAAUAUGCUGACUUUUAUGAGAACAUACAGGCAUCAUCUGAAACUCUGCAAUGCCCACGAUGUAGUGCAUCAGUUCCUGCAAAUCCUGGAGUUUGUGCUAACUGUGGUGAAAAUGUGUUUCAGUGCCAUAAAUGCCGGGCAAUUAAUUACGAUGAAAAAGAUCCCUUCUUAUGCAAUUCUUGUGGUUUCUGUAAAUAUGCUAAAUUUGAUUACACUAUCACUGCCAAACCUUGCUGUGCAGUUGAUCCUAUUGAAAAUGAAGAGGACAGAAAGAAGGCUAUCAGCACAAUUAACAGUUUACUAGAAAAAGCAGAUAGAGUAUACAAACAGCUUAUAGCUAACAAACCUGCCUUAGAAAUCCUUUUACUUCGUAUAUAUGAGCAUGGGCUACUAGAAAAAACUGUUGAUGAAAACACUGGUUCCAGUACAACUGCUUCUGUAUCAACAACAAAUGUAAACAGAGCCAUACAACAGUUGGCACAGCGUUACUGUACUGAUUGCAAGGCCUCUUUUGAUGAACUUAGCAAAAUUGUUCAAAAGGUUCUUGCUUCAAGAAAAGAAUUGGUAGAUUAUGAACGCAGACAACGAGAAAGCAGAGCAAAAUCUGCAUCAACAUCACAGAUGGCUCAAGAAAGCUUGCUACUGAAACGUCAAACACCCGAUGAUCCAAGAAACCCAAAUUUUGCAGUUAAUGUUCCAGGGAAGUGUUAUGGCUGUGCGAGUUCUGCAGUUGAACAUUGUAUUACAUUACUCCGAGCUUUGUCCACUAAUACAAGAUAUAGAUUGAUUCUUUGUAGCCAAGGUUUGAUAAGAGAAUUAGUGGCUUAUAACUUGCGCCAUGGUAGUGUCCGAGUUAGGCAUGAUGUUCGACAACUUCUGUGUUCUCUGACUAGAGACAAUGCUAGAGCUACAACAGAUUUGAAUGCUUUACUAAUGGAAAAGAUUGGUACUGCCUUGAAAGGGCAUGUGACAAGUCCUGAUUUAGCCGCCGCAGUACGUCAUGAAGUUGCUUUACUUGCUAGUAGCUUGCAGAAAGAAGAUUCAUGUUGGGAACAAAGGCUGAGAUGUGUUAUGAAAUUAUUCUUGAUGGGUGUUAAUGCAAAAAGCUCAGUUGUUAUGGAAAGUAUUACCUUGCCUUGCUUAAGAAUUCUCCAAGUACUUAUUAAGCCAGAACCUUUCAUGAGUAAAAAAAAUAAGGAAAAGAGUGUUGAUUCUUUGGCAACAGUAAAUGUAGCAGGAGGUAUGAAAGUUGGUGUUGAUCUGAAAGGAUGGUUAACAGGUGAUUCUAAACAUUCCUACAAAGCUUGGAAACAGCAAAUGCCAACCAAAGUGCCUGAUCAAAGCAUUCCCAAUUUCUCCAAAAUGAAGAAGGAAGAAGUUCACAAUCUUUAUUUAAUAGAAAAGUAUAGUUCCAGGUGGAGAGAGAAGACGCGGCAUCAUGUUAUGGAGCUGAAACUACUACAGUCCAAUUGGCUACGACGAGUUAUGUUUAAUCCUUCCUCGCAAGCUGCGAGAAAUAUGGCAUGUAAUGUGGUUGAAGCUUUAUGCCAGAUCCCAAGUCGUCGUAGGGAAGUUUUAGACAUGUUGACAGCUUACUUAGAUGACCUAGGUUCUGCUGGUGAAAGUGCUGCUGAAUUCUUAACCCUUUAUCAAAAUUUAAUUAAUCCUGUUCCAUGGAAACAUUACCUAGCUCUAAGAGGACUCUUGCCUCAUAUUGGACAUUUAAUAACCAGUGAAAUAGAACAUCUCAGCUUUUUGGAAGAAACUACUCUUAACUCAGAUCUUUCUCAAGGCUAUGCAUUGAAAAUGCUGACAGAAUUGUUGGAGUCAUUUAUUGAAGUAGGUACUUUACGUCAACAUUACAAGUCACGUCUUGUUGGCUGUGUCCUAAAUGGCUACCUUUCUCUCCGAAAACUUGUUGUUCAGAGAACCAAACUUAUUGAUGAAACGCAAGAAAAACUUUUAGAGUUGUUGGAAGAAAUGACUACAGGAACAGAAUCCGAAACAAUGGCUUUUAUGGCUGUGUGUGUUGAAACAGUUAAAAAAUAUGGAUUGGAUGAUCUCCGAACUCCUGUGUUUAUUUUUGAAAGGCUUUGUUCUGUUAUUUAUCCUGAGGAAAGUGAUUCAAGUGAAUUUUACAUUACAUUAGAAAAAGAUCCUCAGCAGGAAGAUUUCCUUCAAGGAAGGAUGCUUGGUAAUCCUUACAGUUCAAAUGAGCCUGGUAUGGGCCCAUUAAUGAGGGAUAUCAAGAACAAAAUUUGUCAAGAUUGCGAGCUUGUUGCUUUGUUGGAAGAUGACAGUGGAAUGGAACUCUUAGUCAAUAAUAAAAUCAUCAAUCUUGAUUUGCCUGUCAAGGAAGUAUUUAAAAAAGUGUGGUGCGCAGAAAAUAAUGAAUCUGAAGCCAUGAGGAUUGUUUAUCGUAUGCGUGGUCUCUUGGGUGAUGCAACAGAAGAAUUUAUUGAAAAUCUAGAUACUAAAGAUAGUGAAGAAGUUGACACAGAAGAAGUAUAUAAAAUAGCAAAUGUCAUGAGUACUUGUGGUGGAUUGGAAGUGAUGCUUGAAAGAAUGGCAACAAUCACCGAUUUAUCCCGUGGAAGAUCUUUAUUGACUGUGUUAUUGAAAUUAUUUGGUUUCUGUAUCAAAGUGAAAAGCAAUCGUCAGAAGUUGGUAGAUCCUGAAAUGGGUGCUGUAAGAGUCAUGCUAGGAGUUUUGAAGAUAGCUUUAUCAGCUGAAUCUCCCGAACUCUUACAAGCGCCUGCUGGAGGCCCGACAAUUAUUGAACAGUUGCUGCAAAUUAUGGAAACAAUCUUGGUUGAAGCUGCAACUAAAAAUAAGACUGAGUAUGCUGAGUUCUGCAAAAGUUGUGGGGAAAAAGAAGACAUUACAUUUUUAUUGUCAUCUGUAAGUAGUGUGCCUAUGAAAAACUUCUCUAGUCUGCUGCCACUUCUUAUGAGAGUUGUACCAUUUUUGACAUAUGGAUCUCAGGAAAAGAUGGAAUCCUUGAUAGAUCAUUUCAAACCCUAUUUAAAUUUCAAUGAGUUUGAUUAUGAACACACAACUGAUGAUGACUUACAGUUAGAGUGUUUCUGUAUGCUCACUGCUGGAAUUGAAUGUAAUGUUAAUGGUAAUCAACUAAAAGACUUGCUAGUAGAAAAACAUGUGGUGCAAGAUGCUUUGGAAUACCUCACAGCUCAUGCUCCUCCAAUCAAGAGUGCUCUUCUUGGAGCAUCUGACGAAUGGAGAGAAUUCACAUCAAAACCUGCUCUCAAGUAUGUUCUGAAGCUCCUGACUGGCUUAAGUCAAAAUCAUGAAACAACGCAGCACAGUGUUAGUGCAGAAUGUAUACCUAUCAUCCACAGGUUAGAACAAGUAUCAAGUGAUGAAAGAGUUGGAUCCCUUGCUGAAAAUCUCAUGGAAGCUAUCAAGAAAAAUCCAAGUGUUGCACAAAAAAUAGAAGAAGUCCGUAAACAAACCAAAGAUGAAAAGAAAAGACUUGCCAUGGCAAUGAGAGAGAAACAACUCGGUGCUUUAGGCAUGAGUACUAAUGAAAAAGGACAGGUGACUGCCAAAAGUUCUCUUCUGAAAAAUGUGGAAGAAUUAGGAGAGGAGUCUGGUUUAGUCUGCAUUAUUUGCCGUGAAGGAUACAAAUUUCAACCUACUAAAGUAUUGGGUAUAUAUACCUUUACAAAAAGAUGUAAUGCUGAAGAUUUUGAGAACCGAGCCAGAAAGACUCCUGGUUAUAGUACUGUAACACAUUUCAAUGUAGUGCAUGUUGACUGCCAUAUGGCUGCUGUAAGACAUGCCCGGGGACGUGAUGAAUGGGAAAGUGCAGCACUCCAAAAUGCAAAUACUAAAUGCAAUGGUCUUUUGCCAUUGUGGGGACCUCAAGUUCCAGAGUCAGCUUUUGCAAGUUGUCUUGCUAGGCAUAAUACAUAUCUUCAAGAAUGUACUGGUCAUAGAGAUGUUGGGUAUUCAUCAACUGUUCAUGAUUUAAAACUUCUUUUGCAAAAGUUUGCUUUUGAAAAAUCAUUCAGUGAAGAUAGUGGAGGUGGUGGACCUCAGAGCAAUAUGCAUCUUAUUCCCUAUCUAGUACAUAUGACACUUUAUGUUAUUAAUACCACACGUUUUGUAAACAGUGAAGAAAAGAACAUAAUUAACUUCCUUGAAAUGCAGAAAAGUAAAUGGGUGGAGAAUUGCUAUGAAUUGGAAGGGCCUUUGUACUGGAUGACAAUGUGUGUAAUUGUGUUUCCUCCAUCUAAGUGGCAGAAGCUGAAAGUUAAUUUUCUAAUUAGAACUCUGAUUCUUGCUCAAACUAGACAUGUCAGCCCUCAAGGAUCUACAAACUUAAAUGAUACUGCCAUUAAAGACUUUAGUGUUUAUAAAUUUUACUUGCUGUUUUUUGGUUUGAUAGAUGGACUCUACAAAAAAAUGUUUAAGAAAGUUACUGUGACUGAAAAUGAAGAAUGGGCUGUUGUAUUAGCUGAUUAUGUUCGACAAAAUGAUCAGGCCUUAUUGGAAGCUGGUGAUAACCUUCUACGUUUCUUUGAAGAUGAUUUAAUGCCUGUACAAUCCUUUGCUGAAUUCUGUGAUGUUCUAGAUCUUCUUCAUGAUAUUCCAGACCCACAAAGCUUCCUAGAAGAUGUCCUUGAAAUGGUUGAUUCUCAUGAUCGCUAAAUUUUCUUCUUCUUUUGCCUUUUGUUUUCACUUUAUUUAAAUUCUGUUCUGUAGCAUUGUGAAUAAAAGAAAUAUCUAUGUGAAUAAAUAAAAGUAAUCUACUAA